CCCAGGAGGCGAGUUCGCUUCAUUACUACGUCUCACAUCUGUCGAACUUUCGAAUUUUACACUAUACAGUUUCUUUGAGCUUUGCCUGUUUAUAGUCAACAGUAGGACCUUUUCAUAAACAGUAGCACUAGCAUCACGAUGAAUAUCUUAUCCCUUUGUCGUAUCACGCGUACACCAGUGUCGUGCGCCAAACAGAGUAUAUCGCUGCGUUCAAUAGCGGCAUAUCAUAAUGGUACGACAGGGAAACAGAAUGUACGCAAAGAUAACAAUUUAUCCACAGGAUUCGGUCCUGGUACACUUGAUACGCCCCAACGCAGAGCCAACUAUGACUUCUUAUCCGAGUACUUCAAUGCACGUCCGCUAAAGAGAGUCUUGGCGAAGAAUGCGGGUCUGUUGGACAUUGACAUUAGACAAAGAUUACGACACCUGCGAUACUUGCUUGGUGACAACUAUCUAGGAGCGUGUGCGGAUUGCCCGGAGUUGCUACUUUCGGAUGUGAAUCGUAUGACUCGGAAUAUCGAACGCAUGCCCGUGUUGCUGUGUGGGGUGGACACAAGCGCUUUGAUACAGAAGAAUCCCAGACUUCUGGUAAGUGAUCUGGAAAGUGUCAUCGUACCUGCAUUCAAGGCACUUGGACGGCUAUUCGGGGAUAGUGUGGAUGUCAAACACUUGAUAAGCAGACACCCCACUUUGCUCACGGCUAUCACACCAGAUGAGGGUUCGAUACUCAUCUCACUCCGUUCGUUGCUGACGGAUACCGAGUUAGAAAAACUCACAGCAGACAAGCAACAACCACCAGUGAAGUUGCUUAUGGUGUCGAACUUGAUGUAUGAUCACAUCACCUCGAAAGCACCUACUCAGCUGCACUAUUCCUUGGUGUAAGUAGCGUUCAGGAUUGACUACUGACGCCAUUGAGAAGUUGACAGGCAGCAUACGAAUGAGCACAGUAUCUUAUCUCUGUUAUAGUCCAAUACACUUGGAACAAAGGAGUCAACUAUUGUAUAGCGCGAGAUACUGCUCGGAGGAUAUGCAGAUGAAUCAAAGCCUUGGAUGCCAGCGUCGCGUAUCGCCUGUGGAGGUAGCGUAUAGAAGGCAGCACAAUCAAAUUUUGUGUAUAGGAAAGCUACCCAACUUGUAGUAGAGCCUAAUUAACUUCACAGUUGUCGUUGCCACCGAUAAUCAUCGGUCAUUAGUGACUGCGACAAAACAUCUACGCGAGGAAGGUUAUAAAUACAUAUCGAUAUAUGGUCAGGCAUACGCUCGCGGCUUCUUCCACUGUCAAUUGUAUGGAGGUUUGCGCGUAUAAUAAUGGCACGUAUAUCAGUGUCAUUGUCUGUCCUUGGUUGGUGUCUAUCGUAUCGGAUACUUGAUAGCUUAUAUCAAAAUAGGUACAACAUGAGUAUCUUCGGAUGUAUACCCCCAUUCUUUGCGGUUUGCAUGCACUUUUUGCAUCGAAUACUUAACAACUUUCAUCAGAUAAGAUAGAACGUGGGUAUCUUCGCAUGUAUGCACCGGUUUCUGAUUUCGAAAUAAAGUAAUGUUGAAAAUACUAAAC